GGCAGGUUUUACUGAAGAAGUGUCUUAGAGAGUCAUCUCAUUUCCAGGAUCCAUAGUACUUACAAUUUGGAGUUGUCAACCUUCUUAUAAAAGAUACAUUUUAGAAGUCGAAAUGAAAGCUUUCAGUGAAGUUUUAGAACAGUUAUACAAAAAGGUACUAAUUGGAGCCUCGCUUGAAAAACACAGCCAGGAGUACGUCUUUUAUCUCAAUCCCGCGUUUUCCGAUCAAGAUUUCUCUCCAGCUGCCUCCCUAGAAUGGCCGGACACCCGUGGGAGCCAGGAGAAGAACCAGCCACGCUUUGCCCACUUGGCUGCCUCUCGUGUGGCUCCCAAAUGUCUGAAGAGACAGCCCCAGAUGGGCAGUGCCCGAGAGAUUACACUGCUUCAGUUGACAGUGAUCAAAGUGAUGAUAACCAGAAUAGUGUCUAGCAAAACUGAGUUCCAUACAAAGGAGAAAUACAGCGAUAUUGUUAAAAUUCUUUUAAAAUCAUCUGAAGUGGAUUCUAAAUUGAUCUCUAUGUUCCAGAAUUCAGAUAAAUUGUUAUCCCACACGGCUGCAAAGUGCCUUGCGUUGCUUCUGUAUUUCCAACUGAGAGAGGAGAUAACAUUAAGUAAUUCCUGGAUAGCUUUUUGUCAAAAAAAUCUUUCUGAGUACACUGAGAGUGAUAAGAUAGCAUCCUGUCUCUGGACUCUUGGAAUGGUAAUAAAAGAAAUCUUUAAAGAUACAUGUUCACAAAAAACAGAAAUUCUAAAGCAGUUCCUGGCUCCUUUUGACAGUGUUUUUGAAGUAUUUUACAACUCCCUAUUUUCUCAGCAUUUUGAAAACUGCCAAGAUACUUCUAAAAUAAUAAACAGCUUGAUGAGUUUCCUGGAAUUGCUUGAACUUCUUAUAGCCUCCAGAAUCUACCUGAAAUUGCAUUUCACUUGCCAGAGGAUUUUAUUUUUUAGACCUUCUUGCGUGUUAGACAUUAUUACCUGGCCAGUUCAGGCUUUCGUCAAAAGGAAGUUCAUCCUGUUUGUUAAAAAGUGCCUUCUUUGUAAAGUGGGUGAAGACCUCUUUCCUGGAUCUGCCCCUGCCGUAAUGCCACCAGAUCUUCAUUUGGAUGUGGACAUGUUGGCUUUAGCUAAUGCUGUUUUGGAAGCUGUGAAUUUGGGGUUGUUGAGAACAUUGUCUAUUCAUGGAAAACCUUCCUUCUUUGGUGGCGAUGAAGUUCAGCCUGGAUGUAAAAGUAUCUCUGGUCAAGAUCAAGCGAUCCUUAGAGCAGUGAGCUUAGUUUUAAUUAAAUCCUUAGAAAUCAAGUUUCGGAAUUGUACUUCAGCAAAUGAAAUGGAAGAGAGCUGUAAAGCUACUGAAAGAAGCCUGACCCAAGAAAAAGUAAGGUGGAACCAUCACACACAUGAAAAUGGCUAUAAUCCUCACUGUAUUUUCUUAUUCUUCUUAAAAAAUAUAGGAUUUGAUUCUACCGUUCUUCUUGACUUUUUGAUUUCAUCAGAAACCUGUUUUCUUGAAUAUUUUGUUAGAUAUUUAAAAUUACUCCAAAAAGAGGGUAAUUUUUUCACCAUUUCCAAGUACUUUGAUGCAACUGAAUCUGAAGAUGGCUUUGAUAUUUGUGGUUGUUUGCCUUCACUUGUCCAAGAAAGGAAUACCAACCAAAUGGAACCACUCUAUUUGACUGCUCUUGAUGGUCACAUACAUGCUAAUGCUUGGAGCUCCUGGGCCUCUGAUUUUUCUGAACCACCCAACAAGGUUGUGACAUCUCAGGAGACCCCCACCCUUCUCCAGGCUGAUAGCCUGACUUCCCCUCAAACUUCUCAAAGUCUGGUGGAUUAUGACAGCUCUGAUGAUUCUGAAGUGGAAUCCACAGAUCAGCAUUUAGCAAACAGCAAACAGACAUCUCUACACCAAGCGAUAAUUAAGAAGAUUCAACACACAGCUGGGUCAGGAACAGAUAAAGAGUUUGUACUAGAGCCUGAGUCAAGGCUUCUGGUGCCAAAAGGCUCUGAAACUUGUUUCUCCAUUGACCAUGAAGUAGCUCCAAAUAAUAUUUCUUCUGAAAUGGGAAUAUCCUACAGAACAGUUAAAUGCUUUGAAGAACUACAAGCUGCUGUUAACCGUUUGCAGAAAAAAAAUCUUUUCCCGUAUAACCCAAAAGCACUUUUGAAGUUGUUAAAACUUAUUGAGACAAUAUAUAAGAGUAAGAAUGCUUUGUAAAACUGGCAUUUUACUUCCAGGAACUAUUUCCCCUUAAUAACAAAUUUGCCUCAUGAGAUAAUGGUAAAAGAAAAAAAGUUAACUC